UUUCAUUUCAGCAGCGACAGGAACAUAAGUACGAGAUUUAGUUCGGGGGUCAACUGCCAAUGAGAGUGUACGCAAAACAGCGUACGACUACUCACACCGAAUCCCUUCUCAGUUCUCUCAUGCUGAUUUGAAUAUUUGGUGCCAUAUUGAGGGUUGCCCGUUGCCCGAUGUGAUGAUCAUCAUCAAAUCACAGAUUUGUAAUAUCUUUCCCCAAAACCAAAGUUUCAUUGUGAAACCCUAACAACAAAUCCGUUCGAUUCCAACUUGUUUCUUCACGAUCGAGUUUGCAAAGCAUUUUCCUGGUUUAUCAGUUUUGAGCACAGAAGAAAAUGCUGAUGGGUCAUACAGAUGGUCUAUCAGAACAUCGGUCCUCAAAGGACCGGCUACUUGUUGAUCCUGAAGAACUGGAAAAUGGUUUCCAAUUAGAUAGUUCUGACCAGAUAUUGUACACUGCUUCCUUUGAAGAACUGGCAAGAAACAAUCUUCAGUAUGACACCAUUAUAUGGGUUUCUAUAUCAUUGUUGCUGGUUUUGGCCUGGGGUGUUGGCAUCAUCAUGUUGCUCUACCUGCCCUUUAAAAGAUAUGUGCUUCAGAAGGAUAUUUUGUCGCGCAAGCUGUAUGUCACACCUAGUGAAAUGGUUUACAAGGUUUCGAGGCCUUCUUUCAUACCCUUUUGCGGCAUAAUAACAAUUGAGAAGCAUGUACCACUUUCCAUGGUGAUUGAUAUUAUAAUAGAACAAGGCUGGUUGCAAUCCGUGUAUGGUAUCCAUACCUUUAGAGUUGAAAGCAUAGCCCAUGGAAAAGCUGCACCUGUUGAUGAACUACAGGUUCAAGGGGUUGCAAACCCGGCAUUUCUGAGAAAGGUUAUUGUAAGAGAAGCUGCAAAGGCUAUACAGGAUGUUGGUAAAAGUUGGAAACUUUCUACUGUCACUGGUGAAGUGGAAGCUGUAUCUCGAAUGGCAUCAUUGAAAGAAGGGCAACCUAUCCUAAGAUCACCAGCCAAAAGUUGGAAGAUGACAGCUUCACCGCAUCAUUCUUCUGUCGAGCGCAGAGCAGUGGUGCCUGGAGAGUUGUUUAUGCAAAAACUUGAUGAAGUCAAUAAAUCAGUAAAGAAAAUCGAGUUACUCAUCCAGAAGUCCCAGGCUUCAUCAGAAAGUAGUUGAGAUGCCGUGGGGCUUACUGACAAUGGAAUCAUAAGUAGCUUCAGUUGCAUGAAUGCAGAGUUAGCUUCAUAUUAUCAAACUUCAGAGAGUUCUUUUCUCAGUAAAUAGCAAUCUUUUCCCUUUUCUUCUUGAUGUUUUCCAGACACAUACUUUGCUUUUUAUACAAAGUUCAUUACUUCAAUUGUUAUUUAAAAAACUCCCAAUUGUUCUUUGCAAAAACUUUUGGCAUAUCCUCAAACUUCGAAAUUCUCAU